UGUGUGUCGGGGUCAAAACUACUUACUACGGAUAAAAUAUUAGAUGUUGGGCCAAAAUAUAUCGCGGAAAAUGCCUGACUAAACGUUCAUCAGUGCAAAAAUAAGUGAAUCGAAGUGAGAGAACAAAAAGUGCAGAAACAUCUGUUCAAGUGAAUGUGUGUACCGCUGUGUCCCCUUGCCCAACAACACGUCGAACUUAAAACGACAAAAAAACGGUUGGAUUACACAUGACGACUUGAAAGGUUGAGCACUAUGACCAAAAUAAGCGAGAGGAUGUAAGUCAAACACUGACAUAAUGUGAAUUUCUUCCUGACAAGCCCUCAGUACAUGAAGAGGGUCACAAAAGACAUUAGAAUUACCUUGAAAGUCUCUCAGAAUCCGACAGUUUUCGGUGACUUUUGGAAAAAUUCCAAACAGAAGUGAUCUCUGAUUAACAAGAAACAGUCGUGAAGAAAGAUGGGGGAGAGUGCCUCCGCUGACACGUGGUCGCAAUGGUUUCUGGACGCAAUACGAAAAAUUCGCAGUCAGAAACAGCGGCCAAGUGUCGAGCGGAUAUGCCAUGCCAUCAGACAGCAUCACAACUACCACGAGGAAGAGAUCGGUGAACAUCUCGAGAAGGCAGUCAAACGUGGUGACGUCCUGAAAAUAUUCAAUAAGGGACAAUCGUCGUACAAAGAUCCUGGUGGUCUGCAAUCCAAACCCUUGAAAGUUAAUAAGACAACUGAUUUGAGUAAAGUACUUGGGAAAGCUGUGAGGGAAUUGGGGGAACGGGAUGGCUCUACUCUGAAGAAUAUUGAAAAAUAUGUUCGGCAAAGUCAUACUGUUGAGGAGAGCGCUGAAGGCGAUCUUAGGACUGCGCUCAGAUUAUCGGCGAAGAGGGCCGUUGAUAGGGGCCUUGUCAUUCAGGAUGGGAGACUAUUCAGGCAGCCUGAUAGACCUCCGACGAAGAGGGUCGAGUCGGCAACGAAUAAUGUGACGAAUAGCAACGAUUCAGCUGCUAGUAAGCUCCCCGCGCCUUUACCAAUUUGUCGCGAGUGUCUCGGUACAACGGCAGCAGCUAACAACAACAAUACGAAGAAAACAGUAGCGGAAAAGCUUUCAAGGUGCAGUGUGUGUGGUGCAGCACUCCAUCACACAUGUGCACCAACGGAAUUGGCAAUUCUUGUGGAGCGUGGGGCAGCAUGGUGCUGUGACGACUGUGCAGCAGUUUGUUCCGGUUGCAAACUCGAGCGUGAUUCCCAGAAUUAUUUGGUCAAAUGCUCGGGAUGCCCAAAAUGUUUUCACCCAAUGUGUUUGGAUCCAGUGCUGGAUAAGAAGAGCAAAGCACCGUGGCGGUGUCGACACUGUCAAACAUCACAUGGGUCGAGUAGAGAGGAUGGCAAGCGCGCCGCGAAGCAACAGGACUCGAGUUCACAGGAUGAAAGCUCGCCCAGUAGUGCGAGAAGACGUAUUAGCAAAAUUCGGGAAAAUCGAAAAUCGGGAGUAUCGCACAAGAGCAUAUCCCUGAGUCCAAAGAAGAGCUCGCAAAAUCCAGAAACAUCAACAAUUGAUCGUGGAACAGUAUCACAGGUGGACAGCAGCACGGACGGUAAUGCGGGUGUUGUCUUCCCUCGUCAACCACCACCAACCACGAAUCCCAUAUCCUACCAACCAACCGUCCAAUCAACCUCAUACGCGGGCCAGGGUAGGCAUCUGGAGGAGAAGAGUGACCGUAUAUCAAAGGAAAAGCAAAAAUUCUUCCGUUCAUCAGCAUUCAAUGCCAUACACACUAAACAAAAACGUUCGCUAUCACAUGAUAAAACUGAUGAUAAAACUAGGUUAAUAACGUCAUCAAAACAAUUGAGUCCUACUUGUUCGGGGUCUAAAAUACUAUCAAAAGCAUGUCAAAAUGCGCGUAAAUCCAUGAGUAGUAGUAGUAGUAGUAGUUCUAGUAGUAGUAGUAGUAGAAAUAGUGAGUCGUCGGGUACAAGUGAUAACGACUCAUCAUCGUCAUCAUCCGAUGAGGAUGCCUCUGAUUUAUCGUCAACUGGUACCAGUGAUUCAUCGCCCUCGGAGGAGGAGCCAGACUCGAAAAUCGAUGAAAAAUGUCAAACAGUCAAGCAGUCGUCCAGUACCAUUGAUAAAAAUGAAGAAUCCCCGUGGGGAUUCGCAGCAGCUGCUGCCAAACUCAAGGUCGACGCGCCAUUUUUCAGUACCAUCAACAAUACAUUUGGUGGGCCCCUGCCAAAACUCGAUAUUGGGAGUAAACCAACGUUUGGCCUGCAUAUACAGCCGGCAGCAUCGCCAUCGGACAGAAAAAAAAUGGACUCUGAUAAAGUGAAACCUCGGGCUGGUCAGCUGAAGGGUUUGUUCGAUGGGUUGAGCCAUUUCUUUGCUGCUGGUACCAGUAGUCGAGCUAGGGCUGGGGAUAAACCGUCAAAUUAUGCGCCUGACAGACGAAAAAAGGGGAGUGGCAGUGAUAAAGUCGAUGAAAUGCAUCCAGAGAGCGUUAACAAGACCGACAGGUGUACAAAUAAUAAAUCCAUUGAACGGAGAAAUAAAGAUAUUGAUUGCCGAGAGGAGGAUGAUGAUGAGGAUAAAAAUAUUGGUGAAAGUGAUAAAAUGACCCCGAGUAAUUUGGUGAAAACCGCUGUUAAUUCAAAGAGACAUGAAUCUAAUAAAAGAAAAAAAGAUAGUGAUGUUAAGUGUGCUGAUGAUGUCAAGGAGGGGAGGAGGAAAAUUGGGGAGGGCUACCCUGUGCCAGCUAUCCCAAGUAAUCACCAUUAUCAUAAUCAUGAAUCCGAUUUCAAUCCUGGCCAAAAAAUGUCCCAACCACGUGCCUGUAAUAGCGCAACCACCACCAACACCACCACGACACCCCGCGCGACACCCUGCUCCAUCAGGAAGGAUGAAUCGGUUGUCCCUCACACAUUGCCACCAGGCGUUACCCAGAAGGACCUAGAUCUCUUCAAGGAAGCUAGAGAACAAGCAAAUCGUCUAACGGUGGAUGAUGAUCUUGAGAAUGAAACAAGUCCAGGUGGUCCAGGAAUUAUCACAACAACGAGAAAUCCAGCAGCUAUUGUUUUCGGAAAAUACGAAGUUGAAACGUGGUACUCGAGUCCAUUCCCUCAAGAAUAUGCGAGAUUACCGAAGCUAUUUUUCUGUGAAUUUUGUUUGAAAUAUACGAAGAGUCGAGCCGUUCUUGAUAGACAUAUGGAUAAGUGUCAAUGGAGGCAUCCACCUGCCACUGAAAUCUACAGAUGCAAUGGAUUAUCAGUAUUCGAGAUUGACGGCAACGUGAAUAAAAUAUACUGUCAAAAUCUCUGCCUCCUGGCGAAGCUGUUUCUCGACCACAAGACUCUGUACUACGACGUCGAGCCAUUCCUCUUCUACGCAGUGACAAUAAACGACAAGCAGGGUUGUCACCUAGUUGGCUACUUCUCCAAAGAAAAGCACUGUCCAGCCCAGCGUUACAACGUCUCCUGCAUCAUGACAUUACCCCAGUAUCAACGACAAGGUUUCGGUAGAUUUCUGAUAGAAUUCAGUUAUUUAUUAUCAAAGGUCGAGGGUAUUCCAGGAACACCGGAGAAGCCAUUAUCGGAUCUAGGCCGUGUGUCCUAUCACUCUUUCUGGAAAAGUGUUGUGUUAGAGUACCUAGCAUUACACAGAAACGUAACUGACUUCAAAUUGGGUGACAUUACCAGAGAGACAGGUGUCUCAGCCCACGAUAUUGCCACAGCCCUUCAACUUCUCGCAUUCGUACGAAUGGUGAAUAACGAAGUGUCAAUCGUAAUCGAUUGGUCGAUUGUUGACACUCACAUGGCGAAGAUUAAGAAAUCAUCGAGAAUAACAUUGGACCCUGACUGCCUCCGUUGGAUCCCUCUCGUCACACAAAUACCUAAUCCCUAUCAAUCACCAGAUGAGAACGGCGAAUCAGCUCCUGAUAAUUCACCAAUGUUAGAUCAAAAGCCAGUGGCCAAUGUUGUUGAAAAAAUUCAACGUGUCAAAAUAAAGAGGAGGCCACGGGGUAAGAGGAUUGGCGCUCGCCGAUCGAAUCCCAUGAAACAGAGGAGACAGUCGAAAGUACCAAAGCAGAAAGAGGAAAAAAUCAACGGUAAUGUGGCUGACGAGGUGAGAAAAGUGGUGCCUGAUGGUGAUAAAAAUGUUACACCGAGAAAUUCAAGGAGUUGCCAAAAAAUUACAUCAUCAACACCAAGAAGAACUCAUGCAUCAUCCACUUCAAAACGUAAAAUACGAACACCAAAGAUGUCUGAUAAUAAUCCAGCAGCAUCGACACCCUCGCGAAAACGCAAGCUUUCGGAUAAGACUGAGGAUGACGAUAGGAAAGUGAACGAUGAGGCCAGUGGAAAUGCGAGGAAAAGAACGAGGGAAAAUUUGAGGGACAAGAAGGUGGUGAGGGAGAAGGCUGAUAAGAGUCCCGAGAGAAAAUCAGUCAAGGAUAUUAUCAAUGUUGAGAAAAAUUUCCCGAAGAAGCAGAGCAAGCUCGAUGAUAUUCUGAUGAAGGUGACAGACAGGCGAAAUAAGGUUCUUCAAUCAAAAUUAUCGAAGGAGUCGAAGAAAUUGUUUAAUCAUGAGACAUCACAGUACAAUGGAAAAGAGGGGAGGGAUGUGGCUGAGGUGAAUGAGAAGGAGGUGCUGCCGUCGAGGAAACGAGGGAAGUUGCUGGCAGUGUCCAAGGUAGAGAAGAUAAAAUGCACAAGCCCAGUGACGUUAACACCCCCCAGAACUGAAGUACAAAAGUCGAAAUCACUGAAUAAACAGUUAACAAUCACUGAGAUGUUUUCGAAGACGGAAACGAGAGAGGACGAGGAGAAGAAGAAGAACUUUAUUGAGGAGCACGAGAUGGUGACGGCGAGUUCAGGAGAGUAUGAGGGUGGCGAUGAGGACGAGGGUGAAGAGGAGGAGGAGGACGAGGAGGUGGAGGAGGAGGAGGAAGUGGAGGAGGAAGUAGCCGAAGAGAAGGUGCAACAGGUGGACAGGGAGAGCGAGAAGAGCAACGAAGCGGUGGCUGUGCGGGCAGUGUCUCCUGCUCGUCAGGAUUCUCCCGAAAAAUCGUGCGAAAAAUCCCAUGAAACUACUGAAAAGCCUGAGGUGCCUGAAGAAUCUGAACCAGAACCAGUUAAAGUAGCAGAGAAAGACGAGGAGGAUGUGAAUGAUCAUACUGUCGAUUCAGCGUCUGGAAAACUGCCACUGGCAGUGGCUGACUCUCCAGUCAGACCUCGAGUCGAAGCAGUUGAAGAAUCCACGAAAGCCCCGGUGCCAAGUGAGGAGAUUUCAAAGAGCUCGGAAAUCGUGGCAUCUCCCCAAGCUGUUUGUUCAGAAACACCACAAGAUCCUGGGGAGAUUGCCCAGGCUAGCCACGACGAGUGCCUACAGCAUCCAAUUCCACCGGUGCCCUCCCCCGACGUACCACCGGAGAAAUCAAAAAUCUCGAUCGAGCCCCCCAAGGAAUCUCCAGAGUGUCAAAAAUCUCCCCUGAAAUCCCCACCAGUUCCAAUUGAAUCAUCCACUGAAGAAUCGAGUCACCAACUACCAGCAGAGAGACAGCAGAGUCAUCGGGAUUACCGCGACUCAAUUCAGCAAUCUCAAAUGACAGCAGAUGAAAAAGAACAUUCACCAGAGAGUGGUAAGACAACGCCACACCUGGAUAAUCCAGGAUCUGUCAAGAGAACUCCACCAAGUCAGCCAGAUUUGCCUUCAAUGGGUGUUUACACACCAGAUAGUACAACAAAUUCAGUUCACUCACUGCAUUAUGGUCAGUGUGAUCUUGACGUCUCCCAACUAGGUUUAGAAUCACCGACGUCAAUAGCCAGUGAUCUAGCCUCACAGCACAGUGUAGAGCGUCCACCCAGUGCCCUUCCACCAAUGUCAACAAGUGUCUCAACCCCACUCCCCCCAAAUCCCCAUCAGAUUCCCCCACCGUCCUCACUAAUGCCGCAGGUGCAGUACGACUGCUCGAUGGCUCAUGUGCAGAUGCAUCCGAUGCAUCAGCCUCUGCAACAGCCGAGGACACCCCAGAGCAUUCCCACCCAGUCUCCACAGCCCAUACCCCAGUCUCACACGCCUCAGCCCAUUCCCCAGCCACAUACCCCUCAGCCAAUCCCCCAGUCACACACCCCUCAGCCAUUGCCACAGCCACACACCCCUCAGCCCAUCCAGUCCCACACACCUCAGCCAUUACCUCAAUCGCACACUCCACAGCCUAUGCAGUCCCACACACCUCAACCCCAACCCCAGUCUCAACCUCAGCCUCACCCUCAUUCCCACUCUCACCCCUCAUCCCAGACCCUAUCAUCACAAGCCCUCAUGGCCCAGCAGAACAUCCAGCAUCAUCACCCCCAGCAAUCACCAAACCCACCCCACACCUCAAACUCCAGCAAACGUGGCAAUGGACAGACUCACAGAUCACGAUCUAAUCAGCAGAAUCGCUCUCACCGAGCCACUCCCCCCUCCUCUCACACUCAAACAAGUGGCAAUCACUCAGUGGUAUCUCACGGCGCUUCACCCCUGGUCUCGCAGUACCAACAGCCCUCAAUGACUGUUCCACCAGUGCCCCACCACUCCCACAGCCACUCUCACUCUCACAAUAUGGCAGUGAUAUCCCAGGGAAAUUACAUGGCGACAGUGGCAUCUCAGGCAUUCCCCGCUCAAAAUACUUACGUCAUACAGCACAGAAGUGGCAGAAGUGUGCCGUCAACUCCCUGCACAACUGCCACUAAUUUUUACAUUCAGACAUCGGCGAUGCCACACAGUCACACCCCAGCUCCGUCACUGGCUGCUGGCCACAAUCAGGGGACUCCCAACAGCUGCAGUUUAGCUAAACUUCAACAAUUGACGAAUGGCCUCGAGAUGAUCCCUCCAACUCCACCACCGGCCAUGAACCUCACACCACCUCCACCAAUUCCUCACACCAUGACGCCACCUCAAAACUCAAGACAAUUGUCGGCUACACCACCCCAGGUACCCUUAGGCUAUCCGAAAAAUUAUUACAAUGUUAAUUCUGUACCACCUCCACCUGGCACUCCAGGCCCCACCAGUAGAUCCACAUCUAGAUCGUCGGCCAAUGCUAAUAUGGCAUCACUGCAGAAUUAUGCCUCGGAAACAUUGUACAGACAGAGUUUAGAUCCUAGUGGCAGCUGUCCACAGAUGCAGAGUGCUGCGUCUAGGGUGUCACCUAAUGUUGCGUUAAAUACAAACCUGAUGGCUGCAGCACAAUAUGGCUACAGAGUUGCACAGCCUGGCACUGGUUACAUGAAUCAAGCUGCUCAAAUUGGAGGCUUCAUGAAUCAGGCUGGUCAGUUGCCGGUUGGGGUUGUUAAUGUACCUGGUGCAUACUCGCAAGACCCACAUCAGCAAAAUCCAGCUGCUGUCUAUACCACUUAUCAUGGGUACAUCAAUGGGGGCCUCAUGCAGCCACUCAACAGCACUAUGAGGCCCAGAUAAAGUGGCGUUUACCUUUUACUUGAGUAAAUAAUUUAUUGAUUAAAUUUUUUUUUUGGCGGGGAUGCGUCUGGGGUUUUAAUAGGGGGCAUUUCGGAAGGGGUGAGAAUUCUUGACAUUUCGAGGUGAUUCGAGAAGUUUCUGGAAAUUUCGAGGAAAUUCAGGGAGUUUCUGGAAAUUUCGAGGGAAUGCGAGGAAUUUCUAGGAAAUUUCGAGAGAAUUCACAGAGUUUGCAGAAAUUUCCAGGGAAUGCCAGGAAUUUCCAGGAAAUUUGAGAGAAUUCAAGGAGUUUCUAAGAAAAUUCGAGGGAAUGCAAAGAAUUUCUAGAAAUUUCGAGAGAAUUCACAGAGUUUCCAGGAAUUUCGAGGGAAUGCCAGGAAUUUCCAGGAAAUUUGAGAGAAUUCAAGGAGUUUCUAAGAAAAUUCGAGGGAAUGCAAGGAAUUUCUAGAAAUUUCGAGAGAAUUCACAGAGUUUCCAGAAAUUUCGAGGGAAGGCCAGGAAUUUCCAGGAAAUUGAGAGAAUUCAAGGAGUUUCUAAGAAAAUUCGAGGGAAUGCAAGGAAUUUCUAGAAAUGUCGAGAGAAUUCACAGAGUUUCCAGAAAUUUCCAGGGAAUGCCAGGAAAUUUGAGAGAAUUCAAGGAGUUUCUAAGAAAAUUCGAGGGAAUGCAAGGAAUUUCUAGAAAUUUCGAGA